AUGGGGAUGAAACAGAAACUGAUACAGGAUAACUCAGUUUGUGAUCUACAUGGAGCCAAUGGUAACACCAAGGAAGAAAAUCAGACGCAGGCUGAGGAUGUACAGCUGUCAAAAUAUCAGGAUUUGAAGCCAGCACUCAACUUGAAGAAAGACGGAUCUGAUAAAGUGGGACUAUCUCCUACUAAUGCCUCUUCUACUCAUAUUUCAUCAAAGAUUGAUGAAAAAACUGGAUCACAUGGAGACUUGAUUGGGGGUUCCGAAUCUGUCAAAGCAAGUUGGGAAACGAAGUCCUUAAAUUCACGUGGAAGAUCAGAAACACGUAUAUCAUCUGGUUCAGAUUUUAUAGCAGGUGUGGCAACAUAUUCUGGUCCAAGUUUAUCACCAAGUUCUUCACUCGGUUCAUUGUCUUCUGACAAAUCAACUCUGAAUCCCUAUGCGAAGGAAUUUAAACUGAACCCUAAUGCUAAGAGUUUCGUUCCGUCUCAAGCACCUGUUAGGCCUCGAUCCCCAGUGUCUGAUGGUUCCUUCUAUUACCCAGCUAACAUAUCUACUGUACCGAGUAUGCCAACCAUGCCAAUGGGUGUCGGAGUUGGAACUUCUUUUGCCGGGCCACAACCUAUGAUGUAUAAUCCACAAGUAGCACAAAUGCCAUCCCAACCAUAUUUUCAUCAGAAUGGACCACAGUAUGGACAAAUUCAUGGUCAUCCUAGACAAGUUCUAUACAUGCCCAAUUACCUACCUGAGACACCGCCAUAUAAGGGACGGAACUAUUGA